CUCAAACACACUUUUCUUCCACGCCUUCUCUUUUGGUCUAUGCCCCAUUUGUCUCUUUCUUCACUUUCUCGUUAUCCUUCUCUGCUCUCAAAGACCACUCAACUCAACUCAACAACAGCAACCCCCCUUCCUUGUCUUCUUUUUCAAAGAAAGACAUACAUAUAUUGAAAGCUGAAACCUUGAAACACACCCACAUAGACACAAAGAAAAGAGAGAAAAAUACUAGUUUUUUAUUUUCUCUUUUAUGACUGAGUUCAACAUGAUGGAGUGGGAGAAGCAAGGACAUCCUCAUCCUCAUCAUCAUCACCAUCACCAACACCAACAACAUCAACAACACCAACAACAGCAGCAAGAGAGAGAGGAGCAUCAGAAUGGGAAUGUUGGUAAUAAUAUUGAAGUUAAUGGGAAUGGAAAUGGUGGGAUGUUGUAUGUCAAGGUCAUGACCGAUGAACAAUUGGAAACUCUUCGUAAACAGAUUGCUCUUUACGCCUCCAUUUGUGAACAACUCGUUGAGAUGCACAAGAAUCUCACUGCCCAACAAGAUCUUGCAGGAGUGAGGCUGGGCAAUUUAUAUUGUGACCCCUUAAUGACAUCUGCUGGCCACAAAAUCACUUCUAGACAGCGGUGGACUCCAACACCUGUGCAACUUCAAAUUCUGGAGCGUAUAUUUGAUCAAGGGAAUGGAACUCCAAGCAAACAGAAGAUCAAAGAGAUAACCUCUGAACUGGGUCAGCAUGGCCAAAUUUCAGAAACAAAUGUCUAUAACUGGUUCCAGAAUAGGCGUGCUAGAUCAAAAAGGAAACAACAAAAUUCAGCACCAAACAAUGGUGAAUCAGAAGUAGAGACAGAAGUUGAUUCCCCUAAGGAUAAGAAGACAAAACCAGAGGAGUUUCACUCCCAACAGAACUCAGAUCCUAGGGCUGAAGAUUUGUGCUUCCAGAAUCCUGAGAUAAGCUCUGAUCUGCAUUUCUUAGACCCACAGAGCAGUAAAGCUGAGGCUAUGUUUCCUUCAGAUGAUGGUUUAAAACCUGCUAGAAGUUUAGGCCAAAUUUCUUUUUACGAAGGUUUGCUAUCAAAUCCAAGUAUGAAAUGACCAUCUCACUGGAAAGAUGGAAGUGCCAGGGAACUAUGGUCUUUAUCAGCAUUCAGAAGACUACGGCAUGUAGGUUGACACUCAUUUUGUCCAGCAUUGUUAUUUUACUUGACGAAGAUAUAUAUAUAUUGUCCCUAGAAGCCAUACAGUUCCCAGAUUGAGGUUGUUGGGCUAGCAGCGAUCAGUGCUAAUCGAUCCGGUCUAAUUGAUAUAUCACGCCUAACGUAGUAAUACUAUAUACUUAUGGAUCUAUGAUACAAAUGAACUGAAUUAAGCUGGAGAGUGGUAGAUAUACUAGUAUGACAUGGUAAUUUGGAAUUGGUUUUCGAGUUUGACUGAUGAUUAAUCUUGAGUUGCUUUUGUCUGUUGUUAAUAGAGUGAGAUUUAGAUUUGUGUUGAGAAGUUUGGUGGGGGUGAUGAUGAUGUUAAUUUUUUUUUUUUUUUCUUUUUCUUUUUAGACUUAAUUAUGAUAGCUUUGUUUGCAAGGAAAUAGUAAUACUUUGGGUGUUUG